AUGUGCAUCGAAAACUGUCAAGUAUGCAAUAAUACUUCCUGCUCUGUUUGCAAUUCUAUGCAUUAUUUAGAUGAAGUUGGGGGAUGCUCUUUAUGUGAAUUUAAGUUCCCAAAUUGCCAAUUUUGCGAUGGAUCUGUCUGCAAGCAAUGCAAAUCAAAAUAUGGUGUAAAUUCAGAUGGACAGUGCGAGCUAUGUCCUAAAGGAUGCGACUGGUGCCAGAAUGGAGAAUGCUUAAUAUGCGACAAAGGCUUUUACUUAGACACUGAUGGCCAGUGUAAAAUGUGCACUAGUAAUUGCUUCAAUUGCAAUAUUACUACCUGCUUUAGCUGCAAGUCAGACUUCUAUUUAGAUUCCUCUGAAAAAUGCAGACCAUGCCCAGAUGUUAAUGUUAAAUGGCUUUGUUCUAGGCAGGGUCGCGGAUUGGUGCUUCUAAAUCCACAUCCUCAGCGGAUCCCUGGUAGACACCAUCCUCGCCGCAUCAGGCAAGGGAUUUAUCAUCCUCUCAGAGUUUCUGCUGAUUUGACCUUUCCAAGGAUAGUCUCAGAAGUAGAACCCCCAAGUCCAGGAAUCAGUAUCCUAGGUCUCGAGGAAAACCUGCCCGAUAUAUAAAGGAUUAUCGAACUCUUUCUGCCCUUUCUUCACACUGGGCUGUUACGUGCUGGUGUUAAAAGAGGUCGGGCGGUUUUUCGUCACCAAUUUUAUGUAUAUAGUCUAUGCCAGAUAAUUGUAAUUCUUGCACCGAAGCAGGAUGCAAUUACUGUGACUAUGGAUUUUUUGUAGGCACAGAUAAUAAAUGUCACUCAUGUUCUGAAAAAUUCGGGUACCUGUGCAACAGCUGCAAUGAAGCGGCUUGCUACUAUCGUGAUAAUCAUUUUUUCACAAGCACUGACGGGACAUGUGCUAAAUGCUCUGAUUGGUUUCCAGGCUGCGACCAAUGUGAUCAUAACCAUUGUCUUAAAUGCAGCUUAACGUAUUAUAUGGAUAUAAACAGCAACUGCAAUCCAUGUGGUUCUGGCUGCGCAGACUGCUUAAACCCGACUUCUUGCAAGACCUGCUUAAAUGGUGAACUUCCAUAUUCAGAUGGGACUUGUGAAUGCAAUAUUAGGGGUUCGUUCUUUAAUAGUGUUACAAAUCGAUGCGAUUCUUGUAAUGUUGGAUGCAGAUCUUGUGAUAAUUCGGAAAGCUGCUCAAAAUGUUGGGCCUCAGGUAUGGCUAGCAAUGGUGAUGGGAGUUGCUCUUGUGUCCAAGAGAACUAUGUCUUUGCAAAUGGUCAAUGUCGGCCUUGCUCAGAUUAUGCCUGUGAAACAUGCAAAAGAAUAGAUAUAAAGACGUAUUCUGAUUACAACUAUAAUUAUUAUAGUACUACCUCCUCUUACAACUAUAAUGAUUAUAGUGUUAGGUGCUUGACUUGCAAAGAUGGGCAUUAUUUAUGGAGUGGAAAUUGCUAUAGCUGCCCAUCUGGGUGCUCUGAAUGCAGUGCUUCUACAAAACAAUGCAAAAAGUGCUUCGAUCCUGAUAAUAUGCUAAUUGAUGAUAAGACAGGGGCGUGUUAUUGCAAGCCUGGCUAUCGAUGGGAUGACUUAACUCAUUCUUGCAAACCUUGCUUAUCUGGAUGUGCUAAUUGUGAGGGCAGAGAAGACUGGUGCGAGACUUGCUUUGACCCGAAAUAUAUGAUAAAUGGCUUGAAUGGAAUCUGCUAUUGCCCAUCUGGUAUGCCUUUUAACCAGACUAGUUUCCGUUGCGAAUUUUUACCAUCUAAUUGUGCUGAAUAUGGAUCUUCAGGGUGUACUAGAUGCAAUCAAGGGUUUUUCCUUUAUGAUAAUUCUGGAGUCUUAGAAUGUUUAUGUAAGAUUUUAUUUAGCUUGUUCUGAGUCCUGUAAUAGCUGCGAUCCUCAUCCUGGGUGCUAUUUAUGUGGGACUACAAUAGAGAAAGACUCAUCGACUUGUACUUCUGACAAUUCAGUAGGGUACUUAACCAGUUUUGAAGAUGGAAAUCUUAUCCUUGACUUUGCCUAUGAUCUUCCAGAGCCUCUGAGUCUUAAAGAAAUUAUUAUAAAGAGUCCUGGGAAUUUCGAUACCUCGUCAUGGCGCAUGACUCAAAUUACUGCCAGACAAUACAUGAUUACUACUAAUCUUCAAGAAAGCGAUUUUCCAAUCGACGUCAGAUUCAAGUUUAAUCGUGGAUAG